UACAUCUACUCAUCGCUAACCUUGCUGAGUGAAGUGUCCUUCUGCAGGCCCAUUCCGUUCGAAAAGCAGCUUCAACAGAGUCACCAUGAGCAGCCCAUUCGAUACGAUCAACCCGGAGGUGUACAAGGCGUACGUCUUCUGGUCGGCAGUGUUAGUAGCGAAGAUGCUGCUGAUGGCUCCACUAACUGCCAUUCAGAGGUUCAAGAACAAGGCUUUCGCCAACCCUGAAGAUUCCAGCGCGGUCAGCAAGAAGUUGAAGCCCAAGCUAGAUGAUCCAGACGUGGAGCGAGUCCGCCGGGCGCAUCUGAACGAUAUGGAAAACAUCCUGCCGUUCUUCGUCAUCGGGUUCUUGUACCUGUUGACCAAUCCUGCCCCCUUCUUGGCGGUUAACCUGUUCCGAAUGGUCGCCAUCAGCCGCAUCCUGCACACGAUUGUGUAUGCCGUCGUCGUUGUACCUCAGCCAGCUCGGUUCUUCGCCUUCGUUGGUGCUAUGGCCCCGGUGGGGUAUAUGACGCUCCAGACCAUUCUCUACUUUAUGCGCUAGAUUUAUGCUCACAUCGGCACGGUGCAAAUAUACUUCAAUGCGUGAUGUGGAUCAUGCCGGUUUAUAGGGAAAUCAAAGCCGUUUUAUUGGGGGGGGAGGUAAUUUGCUGAUGGAAUGUGGAAUUGAUUUUGCUUAUAAACCGGAUAGGUGGAU